UUGGUUGUCAUAUGAUUUUAAAAUAUAAAAACAAAUUUUCAAUCGAGAAAUUUUGUAAUUAUAAGUACUAAAGUAUAGACAGAUUUACGAAAAAAAGGAUCAAAGAAAUGUCGGCAAAGCAAGGACAAGUUGGAGAGCUGUUAGACGCGCUAUAUUUAGAAAUGUUCGAUUUAAUUGAACAGCAAGCAGCCAGCCGAGUCAACAUAGAGCGCUUAAGUAAUGGUGGUCAACUGUUAUUAGCCAAAACCCGUUAUGUUCAUGGAUCCCAAUCUGUUAGUGUAGCACAAAUACCAACAGAAAAUGGAAGGGACUUUAAUGCACUUUGUCGUGUACUGCAAGAACGAAACGAAAGCAAGUUAAGCAAUAGCGAAUAUACACUUGUACGUUCGCCAAUUGAUAAGGAAAAUGGUUAUUUGGAGCCAAUGCAGUGGUUUGGUGUGUUAACACCAAGUACCUUACGCACAGCAGCAGAGCAGUUUAAAAGGUGUCUGACACAUAUAGUUGAAAGUGCAAAUAUACAAAAGGAUUUAAACUCAGUUAUUAAGAAAAUUAAUUACCUUAAAGAUGUGAUACUAAAAAAAUAAAUACAGUUUUCAAAGCUUUA